AGGACCCUACCAACAUUUCAACUCCCCCACCUUGACCAUCUAGGCACCCGUUUUUUGAGUAUACCGGGCCAAACGUUGCAGGAAAGCUAGCCAACCCUCGGUCGGGAGGUUAUCAAGACUUACCACCAACGCUGGCGUUCCCCAGUCACCUCUCUUUCUGGGCUCAUUACCCACUGGUUACCACACUGCCCAUGUUACCCACAGAUGAAACACUGCAAAGCAUCAAGACCGAAGGUGAUCGCGAAUCUUUCUACGAGUGUGAUGUGGACCAGGGGUCGGAGCGCAGUCAGCCUUGGCUGCUGGAUGGGAACAUCAUCAUCGCGACCGACACGAGGCUCUUCCGCGUCCACCGCGGCGUGCUGUGUCUGCACUCGCAGAUCUUUAAGGAUAUGUUCUCGAGCUCGCAGCCGGACGCAGCGUUGAUGGUCGACGACUGCCCUGUGGUGCAUCUGCCAGACUCGGGGGAUGACAUGUAUCAUGUUCUCCAGGCGCUGUACGAUCGGAGCUAUUCCCCCGCUUAUUCCGACAAACUACCCUUCGAAGUCACCGCCGCCUUCCUCCGCCUAGGCAAGAAAUACAUGAUCGACCACCUCUACAAGGAAGCCAAAGACCGCCUCGCGAGCAACUUCCCGACAACUCUCGUUGGCUGGGACCUCGCAGACGCCAGAUGCAGCGGCAGCUGGUCCGUCUCGGGCUGGACCCACCACGCGCUCACCCUCCUCACCGCCAACCUCGCGCGCGAGACGCAGCUCCUCUCGCUCCUCCCCGCUGCGCUCUAUUCCGCAUCGACGCUCUGCACCGCUCGCGAGCUCGUGCACGGCGUCGACGACUGCACAACGGGCGCACACGUCCUGCUUUGCCCAGAGAACCGUGACGCGGUCGUGGUCGCGCACGACGCGCUCCGCGAGCUCGCCGUGAAGACGUACGGCUGGCUGAUGCGUCUCCCGCCCGCGUGCCGCCUCCCGGGCAUGGACGGCUGCCUCGACAAGAAGCGCACGCUAUUGAUUUCGCUGUUUUAUCCCAAGCGCGUGUGCACGCCGCUCGACGAGUGGGACGACGCCUGGGAGGAUAGACUCUGCUCCGAGUGCGCGGCGGAGGCGAAGCGGCUGCACGAGGCGGGGAGGCGGUAUGCAUGGAGCCAGCUCCCGCAGGUGUACGGGUUGCCCAAGUGGGCUGAUCUCAAGGACUGAGAAGGUUGUAUCUGCUUUGUAUGCUAAUUCCCUCGCGUUCAAUACUCGUGCUGUAUCAUUACCCAUUACUUCACUGUACCAAUACCCAUCAGCUGCUACACAGAAU